AUGGAUCCUAGAUUCAAACAAGCUUUACUACAAUCUCAGGAAGAAGGAGAAGAAAUACAACAACUCGAGUUUCGUAAUGAAAGGCAAAGAUUGAAAUUCCUGAAUGUCAAGCAGCUGAAGUCCUUUGAGAUUCUGAAGUCUGCUGUCAAAAACUUUACAAGUAACACUAAAUUUAUGUCCUUCAUGAUUCUAUCUAUUUUACCUUUCUUUUCUUUCAUAGUUUUCUUUGAGAUUCAGAUUUCUGAAGCAACUGAUGCUAUAUUAAGAUUCUUAGUACCAUUUUCCAUGUCCUAUGAUAUCGGCUUUGAUAGUGAUGAAAACAUUAGUCUUUUCAGCACCACUGAUGAAAAUGAAUCAAAAAGAGAAACAUUUCGUAUAGUUUUUGAGCUCGUACCCUUUUAUUUGAUCUUCCUCCCUCUGCUAGAGCUCUUUAGCUUGACCAUAGUCAUAAAUAUUUCUGCAAAAGUUGUAGAUGCAGGAAAUACAGAAUCAGCUAAUUUGAAGGAAACUUUUUACCAGAAAAACAACUUCAAAGGUCCUUUUAUUACCUCUCUUUGGGUUCAGUUAUUUUCAGCUUCUAAUCUUUUUGGUCUAAUUUGGGCAGUAGCAAAUCACUCUAUAAUUACGACUGGAUUCGACUAUUCUUUUUCGGAUUACAGAUAUGAUUCUGUCAUACAAAAUAAUAUUUAUGUAAACAUACUGUCAAUAUUGUUUCAUACACUUAUUGCUUUGGCUCUGUUGUACAAGUAUCUUGAUUGGAGUGCUUUGUGGAACAUGGCUAUAGUGAUAUCUGUGUUAGAGGGAGAAACCGGGCUCGAUGCACUAGAGAUAUCAGCUUACUAUCGAAAGCACUGCAAGCGAACCGGGUUCCAAGUUGUAGUUACUGCAAUUGUUGUUGUAUUGGUUUGCUUGGGUAGUUUGGUGAAGUGGGUUACUAUGGUAUUGUAUUUCUAUGGUUGUAAGGCGCAAGCGAUGUCGAAGAAGUUUGAUGAUGAGGAAGUAGGCCAAGCUAUGAAAGAUGGUGAUAUUUGUACUGUUUGA